AUGUCCAAGGCCGCUCCCGCCAAAAAGCCAGCGCCUACGGCCCCGCCCCCGGGUUGUACCCUGGAUAUCAACGACCCCCAGGUCCAGAGCGCGGCCAUCCGCAUCCAGGCCUCUUACCGGGGUCACAGGUCUCGGAAGGAGCUGCGCGAGAAAGGACCGCCCCGGGUGCUGGAGCCGCUGAAAGACGUGGUGCUGAUCGAGGGCAGCGCGGCCAAGCUGACUUGCCGCAUCUCGGCCUUCCCGGACCCGUUCAUCCGCUGGAGCAAAGACGGCAAGGAGCUGCGCGACGGGCCCAAGUACCGCUACAUCUUCGAGGACCCUGACGUAGUGGCACUCGUGGUGCGGGACGGCGAGCUGGCUGACCUGGGCCAGUACAGCAUCAACGUAACCAAUCCCUUCGGCCAGUGCUCCGACUCGGCGCGCAUCCUCGUGGAAGUCCCCGCAAAAAUUCAAAAGGGACCAGAUAACACCAAGGCGCGCAAAGGCACCACGGUGACGCUGACUGCAGAGAUCAUGGGCGAGCCUGCGCCCGACGUGGGCUGGACCAAGGACGGGGAGGACAUCGAGGAGGACGACAGGGUCUACUUCGAGAUAGGCAGCAGCACCACAACACUGACUAUCCGCCGAGCCACGCCUGCAGACAGCGGGAAAUACGAAGUGUACGUCGAGAACAGCCUGGGCAUGGACCAGAGCUUCGCUCGCGUGGACGUGGCCUGAAACAGGCCCAGGGACUUCUCCCUGGCUCCAAGCCCGGAGCGAGAGGGGCCCACCGCCCUCCUCCCUGUUUAAUAAAGCAGCUCUCUGACCC